AGAACAGAACCAGCGUUCUUUAAAUCCCUGGUUCUGAUGCUGCUGCCCCAACAGAUGACAGUAGAGAUGAUGCUGUCAACCACAGAAUAACACAAAAUAAAAGCCAUAAUUAUAAGAUAAUUAUGGGAAAACAAUUAAAUCCACAGAACCAAAUAUAUAUUCACUACAAAACUGUAAGACUAUCUCAAAGACAUUUUUCUAAAUAUGUUUCGGUUGCAUUUCAGAGACUGUGCAGCAAAUGCUGCAUGUUUUACAUUUCUUUGUCCCGUUGCUAUGGCAGCACAUUCUGGUUUGUUUCAACAGUUAAACUUUUAUAUUUUCUUCUGCUGGGAGAAGCGGAUCAGUGAGCCACAAUGCCUCCAAAGAAAGGCAAAAAGGGCAAAAAAGGGAAAGGCGGGAAGGUGAACCCCUUCAUGCUGCUGGACUCUGCGCCCAUACAGGACAUGUCCAAGGAUCAGUUGUGGGAUUUCGCCCUCCGGAUCCAGGAGGAGCUGGACACGGUGCGGAAGGAAAAGAGCCUCUUCCAGCUGGAGCGGGACAAGACCAAGAUCGUUUGGGAGACGAUCAAGAAGAACCUGGAGGAGUCCGAGAUCCAGCUGAGGAAUACCACUGCAGAGAGGUCAGAGGUCGACGAGCAACACAGAGAGGAGAUGACUGUCUACAAGCAGAAGAUGAAGCACGUCCUGUCCGAGCAGCACAACGCCGUCUCUGAGGUGAAGACGGACGCCGUGACGUGCCGCUCACUGCAGCAGAAGCAGAGCACGGACGUGGAGCUGGAUCUGCGCCGGCAGCUCCGGGAUCUGCAAAUGGACAACAGAGAGAAGAGGCUCCAGGAGCACGCCUCCAUCAAGAUGCUGAAGCUGAACCACCAGAGGGAGCUGAUGAGGCUCGGCGGAGAGUUUGAGCGCCGGAUGCAAGUGCUGGAGGUGCAGAAGCUGGUCACCAUACGGUCCCUGGCAGAGAUGUUCCAGAGGAAGCUGAUGAACGCUCUGACGGAGAUCGACACCUUCAAGAAAUGUCACCUGGUGUCCCUGAACAAGGAACACGACAACAGGAGAGAACGGACAGAAGGGACGUUUGAGGAAUUCCUGGACACAAAGCACUACGAGCAGCACACCUGGAAGGGCGAGCUGAAGAAGCUGCAGAACCAGAAGCUGCGGUGGGAGAAGAAGAUCUCAGCAGCUGAGCAGGAGAACCAGCAUCUGAAGACGACGCUGCAGGAGGUCCAGCAGAAGCUGCCGGAGCUGCACAGACGGCUACAGGAGCACCAGCACUCCAAGCAGAGGAUGGAGGAGUACCGAGCUCAGCAGAAGCUGGUUGAUCAGGAGCUCAGAGACCUGACGGUGGAACACGAGCUGCUGCUGCAGGCCUUCCAGAAGGUGCAGCAGGAGCGUGACGAGCUGCUGAGGAGGCAGACGCAGAGCAUCCUGGACGUCCAGCAGAGGAGCGGCCUUAAGAAGAUCCUGCUGCAGAGGAAGCUGGAGGCGCUGAGCCAGACUCUGGAGAAGAAGGAGGCGCAGCUGAGCGCCGCGCUGUCCGUCUGCAGCGUGGAGCCCACGGCGCGCAGCAGCGCCGCCUACAAGCUGCAGGAGAUUCUGGAGUCCAAACGGACCGCCAUGGAGGCUCUGCAGCUGGACCUGGACCAGGGCGCCCAGGAGUAUGAACAGCUGCUGUGCAGUCUGAAGGGCGACCUGGAGGCCGCCGGCAUCUUGCCGUUCCAGUUUCCCUUCAGAGCCACCCAGAAGGUUCUGGAGGAAGUCCGGCCGGAUCUGAAAGCCCAACCAAACCGGCCCCAGAAGGACGUCCCCAAAUAAAGCGACAUUUCAGUUUUUAUUCAGUUUGACAUGAAAAGCAGUGGCGUUGUUAUUAAAUUAAAAUGAGUUUGGUUGGAAACGCCUCUGCUUCCUGGUCCAACUGUAAAAACAUCCGGAACCAGAAUUUCUGACAUUCAACAUCUCCUUUAUUGUUAGUGAUAUUUGAGAAAAAGAAAGCAACACAUGAGCAGCAGCUCGGCCACAGCGGGUCACCAGUACAAA